GAGAAGAGAAGAAAAACAAAAAAGAUUGUCGUUAAGAUAAUGUAUUAAAUGGAGGAAAUUAAGACUAGUUGACAGUGAAUUUGAUGUUUAUCCACCAUGAGGAGAGUCACACUGUUUGUCAACGGCACGUCCUCAAAUGGAAAGGUGGUGGCUGUGUAUGGAUCCAUGGAGGAUUUACUGUCUGUGGCGAGUUCAAAGCUGAAGAUCAGAGCCUCUAGUGUUUAUAACGGGAACGGCGGCCUGAUAGACGACGUGACGCUCAUCAGAGAUGAUGAUGUGUUGUACAUAUCAGAAGGAGAUACAUUUGAAGAUCACCAUGACGACGACGAAGGUCCCGAACACUGUCAGACUCACACUGAUUGGUUGACGCUCAACGUUGGUGGACGCUGCUUCACCACCACCAGGAGCACACUGGUCAGUAAAGAGCCUGAGAGCAUGCUGGCCCACAUGUUCAGAGAGAAAGACGUUUGGGGGAACAAGCGUGACUCCCAGGGAGCGUACCUGAUCGAUCGCAGCCCGGACUACUUUGAACCGAUCCUGAACUUCCUGAGACAUGGACAGCUGAUCAUCAACGACGGGAUCAAUCCUCUCGGUGUGCUGGAGGAGGCUCGCUUCUUUGGGAUCGAACAGCUGGCCGAACAGCUGGAGACCCUCAUAAAGGCCAAUCAGCCUCCUGAAGAUCAUUCUCCUCUGACCCGGAAAGAGUUUAUUAGAUUCCUGUUGGCCACGACGACCAAAGCAGAGCUGCGAUGUCAGGGUCUGAACUUCAUGGGCGCCGAUCUGUCUCGUCUGGAUCUGCGUUACAUCAACUUUAAGAUGGCAAACCUGAGAGGAACCAACCUGACUCACGCCAACCUGAGCGGGGCAAACCUGGAGAGGGCUGACCUGUCCAUGGCUUCACUGGAUGGAGCUAAUCUGCAGGGUGUGAAGAUGCUGUGCACCAAUGCUGAAGGAGCCUCACUGAGAGGAUGUAACUUUGAGGAUCCUGCUGGAAUCAAAGCCAACCUGGAGGGUGAAGCAGCCAAUUACACGUCUCCUUCACACACACACACACACACACACACACACACACACACACACACACACACACACACACACACACAGAGUGAUGUUUUUAUUGAUCUUACUGAUGUGUGUGUGUGUGUGUGUUUGGUGUUUUUUUUAGGAGCCAACCUGAAGGGCGUGGACAUGGAGGGAAGUCAGAUGACGGGGAUCAAUCUGAGAGUCGCCACACUGAAAAACGCCAAACUGAAGAACUGCAAUCUGAGAGGAGCCACGCUGGCUGGGACGGACCUGGAGAACUGUGAUUUAUCAGGAUGUGACCUACAGGAGGCGAAUCUGAGAGGCUCCAAUGUGAAGGGAGCGAUCUUUGAGGAGAUGCUGACUCCUCUGCACAUGUCUCAGAGUGUUCGUUAAACAGUCGUCCACACAGAGCUUUAAAAUCACGGCACACACACACACUCCUCUUCCUCCUCUCUAAUGAAUACCAAACUUUGUAUUUUUACUCUGAACCAAAACCGUUUAGUGUCUCUACAUCAUGAGUAACGUCCUCGCUCUGUUACAGUUAAUAAUGUUAGUUUUUUUCUUUUUUUUUUUAAAAAUCAUGUCUUCUCUGAGGAAAACCUUUGUACAGUGAUGAUAGUUUCAAGAAAUAAUUCCACUGGGUUUUGUGAAUGUAGUUAUUGAUCACUUAUGAAAGAAAAUAAAUGUUGAACACAAACUGAUGAUAUUCAUAAGCCUUCAAAAUUAGUUUAAAAGUAGUUUUUAAUAAGUGUGCUGGCUACUGUUCAGUGCCUCUUCAGCUUCAGGCUAAAAAAUAAUAAUAAUUGUUUUAUUUUAGUUUAUUUUAUUAGCUAUUAUAAAUGGUAAUAUACAACAACAAUAUGCAGACCGACUCAUACAAAUAAAAAUACAUGGUGAAGUUAUAGCAAUAAAGAAAAAAAAAACUAAAUACAAAAUGAUAUUAUAAUAUAAUAUGAAACACCUAUGUAUCAAUAAUAUAUAUUUAAAUACCUGCAGUGACAAAUAAGUUAGAAAAAUAUACUUUUUUACAACUGUACAGGGAUAUAAUAAUAAUAAAAAUAAUAAUAAUAAACUUUAUUAAUAGAGAACCUUUUAUGCAAGGGAUGUAACUCAAAGUGCUUUACCAAGAAAAUUAAAAAAAAAAAAAACUACAAUAAAAUAAAACAACAGCAAAUAAACAAAAAUAAUAAAAUUAGACAUUUAAUAAAAACAAGUUCAAAUGAUACUAAUUAAAAGCCAGAUUAAAUAACACAGAGCUCACAUCUCUUCUAGCUUUAGGCAGAGUAGUUUAUACAUUUGGAGCAUAAUUAAAGAAAGAUGCACAUCAGGUUUUCUCGUACAUUUAAACACAUUUAAAAAACCUCAGCAGUAGAUGAUAUAGUUUGAUAUGAGUUAAAAGGAGCAAAUACUAAAAAGUUAAGAGACUUAACCUUCGUGUCGUCCUCCCGGGUCAAAUUGACCCCGUCUGUUUUGACUGUUCCUUCGUUCCUCCCUUCCUUCCUUCCGUCUGUCCUUCUUCCCUCCCUCCUUCUCUCUUUCUUUCCUUCCUUCCUCUUUUCCUUUCUCCCUCCCUCCAACCUUUUUUCCUCCCUCCGUCCUUCCUUUCCUCCCUUCCUUCCCUCCUCCCUCCCUUCCUUCCUCCUUUCCUUCCUUCCUUCACUCGAAGACAACAGGAGGGUUAAAUGAGAAAAGUUUUUUAAUUCCAUUUUUUUUACAGCUCCUUUUUAAAUUCCAAAUAAAUACGGAUGUUUGAACAGCUGAUAUUACCUCUGAAUGCCGGUGAGGGAAAACGACAUAUUAGUAUUUUAGAUUUAAUUUUAGCCAUUAUGUGGAAAAAUUCAAUCUUCACGUGUGACCUCCGACAUAAAGACCGGUGCUUACGGAAACAUUUUGGUCCUGCCUGAUUUAUACUUAUUUUUUUAUUAAAUUCGUCGCCUUGCAUAUCAGCAUCAGUGUAAAAAUAAUAGUGUUUACAUUUAUAUCAACCUGUAAAACUAUAAUUAAGUGUAGAA